AUGGAGAUUGCAGCCCUUCAAUGCAUCAUCUGUCCGACGCAGCCCAACUUCAGCGACAAGUCUCACCUGCUGACGCACGCUGCUUCCAAGGCCCAUCUGUCCCACUACUUCAAGCUCCAGGUCCGCAGCCAGAAUGAGCCUGAAGCUGUGAAGACUCUCAAUCGGUACGAUGAAUGGUUCAAGGACAACAGCCUCGCCAAGCUUCUGUCCGAUCGGAUGACUUUCAAAGAGGCCCGCAAGAGGAAGUCGCUGGGAAAAGAGACUCCCAGUGGUGAGGCUCGAUCCACCAAGAAACAAUUUCCCAGGGCCACAAAGCUGGUUGCUACUCCGCCAAAGACUGCCCCUCUGCCUGAUUUCUUGGACCCUCGUCUCGUUGCUCCGUGCAAAGAAGAGCCGGGCACGGAGCAAUCGAUUUUCGUCCCAUCAAUCGAUGCGUCCGUUCCAGAUGCUACCCCUAAAACAGACCCUGCGCGGUACCCUACGCGGUCCAAGGCAUCGAAGCCCAACCCGUUGAUCCAGGAUGAUGGAAGCGAAUCUGCAGAUAAAAUAACCCCAGCUGUGCCAGUUACGCCAAAGCGCCCACGGAGCAAGAAAAUGGCAAAACGUUUGCUGUUGACAAAAGAGGACUCUCAUGAUUCCUUUGUCGACCACCCCGAGCCAGUCGGCGAUAUUGACUCCGACAAAGAACGAGCUGACGAAAUGACGCGGCUCAAGGGGAUUCUGUGGCCCGGAAUGGACCUUUUUGAUUCUGCGACGAAGCAAAUGCGGCGCAUGCGAAAUCAGAAGAAGGGUGAAGAUGUGCUGAAGUUGAUGGAGAUGAAGUCUCUGUGUGUGGAGCCUACGGAGCUUGUCUUUUCGCCCAAGGGCACCCUGCAGAAGGAACGAGAGAUCACCGGGAACCUUGAAGACUACAGCCCGCUGAAAGGAGAGAGCCCGAAUCCCAUGACCAAGCCGCGUUUUGCACGUUCCAAGCGUCGUGUCCUGCGUCAAACCGACCUCAAUGUGAAACUUCGAGACCGAAAGGGGGCCAGGAAGGCUGCUUUGCGUGACUCUAGCUCUGAUCCUGAGGAGUCCGCUGAGGAGAGUGCAGAGUCUCCGAGUCUCAUUCGUCGCCACAAGGGUCUCGACUCACCUUUCGGUUAUGACGGUGAGCUCGGCUUGACCAUGCGAGCGUUUGAGAAUCGUCCCCAUAAAGGCUUUACCAUAUUCAACGACGUGGGAAACCCCUACAAAAAGAACAUCAAGGACCCGUGUCCCGAGCCUAAUGUGCACCUUGGCACUCUGACCCCAACUCGUCUUAUUCUGGGCCAUAAACCGGACAUGCCUGGCCGCCACGGCUCUGCCGUUGAUCGUGCUUCUGUUGGCAAGGAAAACAUUGAACCUAUUCUGAACUCGCAGGGCCGUGUUGAUACUUGCCGAUGGCCGUCUCCGUUUGCCAAGGGCCGUGACCCCAAUGGAUACGCGUCCGGCUAUCUCGACGAGCAUGAUAAGUAUGGAUAUCGACCCAACCCCCUCCUGGCUCCGACGUCAAAGCUGGCCAUGGUCGAGAACAGCGCAUACGGUAGGAAUGAUUCGACUUGCAGCGAUGACUGGUCUGCGAUUGCGCGCGCUGUUUCGCCGGAUGGAACCAUUUCCGGGAACGAAGUCGAAUUUGACCAGCUUUACCUGGAUGGCAGUGCCAACUAA